AUGCGCUCUGCUCCUAUCAUCGGCGCCUUUGUCGCGCUCGCCAAGGCCCAAGACCUUGUCUGGCAGGUCAUUGACGAUGCCCCCGAGCCGCCUCAGACCACCGUCCCUGUUGGUGCUUCCCCGACCGUCGUUCCCUACGAUGCCAACGCUGCUGCCGCCAGCGUCGUCGCCGAGGUCAAGGCCAGCCCGCUUCCCCAGGAGACUGCGCCUGUCAAGUCGGAGAAGAAGCGCCUCGUCGAGCGCUCCGCUUGCGAGCCGCAGCCCGUCGGAUACGGCCCCGUCUCGAACCCCGAUACUUCGGCCGCUUUCCUGAGCGACGCUGACCUCGCGGCGGCUGCCAACAAUGCUGCUACUCCCUCUGGUUACUUCAACACCUUCAAGAACCUGCAGGGAUCCAGCAGUGCCUAUGGCUACAUGGGUUACACUACCCUCACUAGCUACGACACUCAGGCUUGCGCUUCCAAGUGCGAUGCCAUCAACGGCUGUGUUGCUUUCAACAUCUACUUCGAGCGUGAUCCCUCUAUUGAACCCGCCGAUGCCUGCCCCAACCCCGCUAGCACCAAUGUCAUCAAGUGUGUCUUCUGGGGUGGUCCCGUCUACGAGAACACCGCCAACAACCGCGGCCAAUGGCGCAACCAGUUCGAGGUUGUGAUUGCUGGAUCCAACGGCUACGUUGCCCAGCGCGCCGAUGAUCAGGCCGGGUACAGCUCCGCCGUCUACUUGGGAGAUAACUCCAUCAACGCUCCCCUCGACUGCGCUGGAUACGACACUUUCUUGGGUUCCAAAAUCUUCACCGAUGGCCCCUUCGAUCCUAAGCUCUGCGCAGCUGCCUGUACCGCUCAGUCCGAGUACAACGUUGCUCAUCCUCCCGCAAACGCCCCCGCUCAGACUUGCCAGUUCUUCAACACCUUCUUCGUCUUGAAGAAUGGAGUUCCCGAGGGACAGUACUGCUCCUUGUACUCCAAGUCCUGGGACAACAGCUAUGCCACCAACAACGGCCAGUGGCGCGGCAGUGACCACUACACCAUCUCUUACAGCUUCUCCUACACCAACGCCACGGACGCCGGCAAGCCCAGAAUUCCUUGCGCCGUCGCCAGUGCCAGCUCCGCCAUUGUCACUUCCAGCCUUCAGCCUUACUGCUCUUCUCUCCUCGGCUACACGACCCCGGUCACCACCGCCACCGAGACUGACUUCUCUACCGUCCCUGCCACCACCGUCAUCUCGACUGUCACUCCCUUGACCACUUCUUACAGCACCACUACCCAGCUGGUUGCCGUUACCAAGCAGCUUAAGCGUGACCUGCCUCCCCGCCCCACCACUACUUGCCUCCACGAUGACCCCACUCCCCUUGACCACUCCAUCAAGGUCAGACGUGGUCUCUGGGCACGCGAUGAGCCUCUCGUCAACGGUACCAAGGAUGACGAUGGAAACUUCGUCGAUGUCGUUGCCCUUCCCGAUGUCACUCCUUCCACCAACACCACCAGCUCUCGCAGAAAGGCUCGCCGCGAUGGUACUCCCGCUGGUCUGGCCGGAUUCUCUGCCGAUGUCGUCUCUUCCGCUUGCUCCCUGCUCGCCACCCCCGUUACCAGCACCAUGACCGCCUCCGCUACCACCGUCCAGACUAUCACCACCGGCGCGGCUUCCAGCACCACCACGGCAGCCACCAGCACCGUCAUCGUCGUCCAGACUGUCACUUCUACUACCACUAUCAACGUUGCCGCCAGCGCUCCUACUGGUACCAUCGGCUACCUCAGCCUCAACCCCAUCGUCAACCCCAACUCCCAGUACGCUCUGUCUGACGAUGCCACCCACAUGACCGACAACUGGUACAAGCAGGGCAGCCGUGAGACCUUCAUCGUGGCCGCAGACGGCAGCCUGUACUCUGUCACCCACAACGCCUACUACUACAUCUCCACCUCGUCCACUUACAGCUUGCUCUACUGGUCCAACGACAAGAACAACGCUAUGAAGAUCUUCUCCUACACCACUCUCGCCAACGGCAACUCUCAGGUCUUCAUGAACUCCAAUGGCAAGGCCUACCAGUUCUGUAUCCGCCAAGCGAGCAAGGUUGGCGACGGCAACACGGGCUCUGGCCAGCACAUCUACGCCUUCACCGGCGCGACUGCACCUCUCAGCUACUGCACUAUCAUUGAUUUGAUCAUUAUCCCUGCAUAA